AUUGCCCAACCCGCUUACCCUGGUAUACGGCGCUAGGCCUACUCUUGACUGAAAAAGACGCCGACCGCUGUCAUCAAAAUGUGUUUAUUUAAAUCUUUACGGUACAAAAUGCUAUCCAAACGUAUAUGAAAACGGUAAACGCAUAGGCUUCAAAUAUAUCUCCAUAGAUUUUCACUGAAUUCAGAUACAUCCCUUGUACAGCAAGCCAUCAAAACAUAAAGGACAACACAAGGAAAUCAGGCUGGUAAGAUGGAGAAGAGGAGCGGUCUGCGCCUGUGUCACUUUGGGACAGCCAGGCGGAGGCGAUGGUGGGGUCUGAGGAGAAGAUGGAUUUACAUUUACAUUACAUUUACAUUUACAUGGAGGAUGCUGGGGCUGUUUAAGAUCAACCAGGAACAUGACUUAUGCAGCCUCACCUGUCUUAUGAAAGAGGGCCUGCAUGCUGCCCUACAGACCAGCAACGACACAACAAUACCUGAUAAACUUUCUGCUGAACAUUACAAAUUGGCGGAGACUCAAGUCCACAAGGACUUGGAGAUGCAGACGUUUGCAGGGCCGGUGUUUGCCAGCCUGCGGCGCUCCCUGGAUAUAACAGAGGAGGAGUACCAGAGGUCCCUCUCUUCAGACGGCUGCUAUCUACAGUUCAUCAGCAACUCCAAGAGCAAGGCUGACUUCUUCCUCACGAAUGACAAGAGGUUCUUCCUAAAGACACAGAAAACACGGGAGGUUACCUUUUUCCUAUCCAACCUGAAGGCAUAUAUGGAUCACUUGGAGAAAUACCCCCACUCACUGAUGGUCAGAUUCCUGGGUCUCUAUAGUAUCCAAAUUCCAAAUAAAACAAAGAAGUAUUUCAUUGUGAUGCAGAAUGUGUUUUACCCGGACGAGAGGAUUAAUACCAGAUAUGACAUCAAGGGCUGUGAGGUGGGUAGGUGGACUGACCCUGCAUCUACGGGAAGCCCAGUUACUAAGAUUCUGAAGGAUAACAACUUUGAAGGAAAGCACAUCAUUCUGGAUCAGCAGCGCUCCUGGCUUGUGGAUCAGGUUGAAAUAGACUCUGCCUUCCUCCGUAGCCUCAAUGUGCUUGACUAUAGUAUCCUGCUGGCCCAUCAACCCUUGCACCAAGACGAGCAGGACAGGAAGCACUCCUUUAGUAACCUGACUAUGCGCACUGCAAAGUCCAUGGACCAAGACAGUCCCACAGAGGAAGAUCCCCCCACUAUUCCGUUGUUGGAGGGGGACUCUGCUCGACUGGCAUCAGAUACAAUAGACAGUGGGUCAAACCACAUCCAGAAUACAGGGGAACACUCUGGCCAUGGAAUCCCCCUCCAGGAGAUAAACCUACACUCAGUAAACCGUACAGAUGCAGAACUCCAUGAGUUCCAUGCUCAUCACCGUAGGCUGCUGCCUAAUUUAAAAAACUCAGUGCAUGUCAUAGACGGACCAAAGCUGCGCUACUUUGUGGGUAUUGUAGACUUUUUCACUGUGUAUGGUGUGAAGAAAAUGCAGGAGAACCUGUGGAAGAGUCUGCGCUUUCCUGGCAGAGCCUUCUCCACUGUCAGCCCAGCUACCUACUCACAGAGGUUCUGCCAGUGGGUAAAGGACCACACCAAGUAAAACAGGGACACUGUGAGAGAUAGAUACAUUGCUAGAAACACAAAGUCCAUUGAAAGAAACAGAAGAGAAUGUCAAGUGAAUAAUCAAACUGGGCAUCAUUUUUUUGUUUGUUUUGUGAACAGCAUGAACAGUAGGUGGCAUCAAAUAGCUUCUGUUGCAGUGGAAGCCUAUUUCAAAAUACAUACUGUACAAACAACUUGUCAUGUAACUUAUGUUAUUCAAUUUGUUCAUAUUAUGGUAUUCUAUGUGUUAUAUUAUAUAAAAAAUGAUCUAGAGGAAUUUUACUGAAGUGAUAUUUACCCCCAAACAAUUAUGUGUCAGGUUUCUCAAAAAUCAUACAUGAAUGUGUAUAAAAAUGUAUUGGAAUAAGUCGUUAAUAGAAAAUCAAUAAUAAAACCUGUC